CGCGUGUCUUGUCCAUGCUGGCGGCAACAUCUCUGCUCAGCGGGUAGGGGGGAUAUCGGCGGGGCCAUGGUUAGGCUGUCCGAUACGACAGAGGUCCGCUGGCAGAGUUCCAGGCAAAGACACGAGUCCCUCCUCAUCCUUCUUUUCCUCCUCUUCUUUCUCCUCCUCGUCCUCCUCCCCCUUCCGAAUCCUUCUCGGUCGCCGCCAGGGCGCUCCACGCAACCGAGCUGCCUCUCGGUUACAGUGCCGGAUUUGCCUGCAUUCCGCCGCUGUGCCUCCCCUUUCUCUGCUUGUCGUGUUAUGCCGCCGCACCGCCACGCACCCUCGCCCAAGCCAGGAUGGCUGAGACCGAAAGAGUCUGCGGCAGCGGCGCUGCCCGCGGCGGCGCCUGCCAGCGCGAAGGGCUCCGGGUUCGCCGUCGGCCAGAAGAGGAAGUGGGAAGAUAUAGAGCAACCUCCUGCCGAUGAACGCCGACCGUUGAGGCUGAAGUACAACGGGCCGCAGGCGCUUCCGUCUGACAACGUCUACGUCACAGGGAUCCCUUCUUCUUUGGACAAAGAUGCCUUAGCCGCUCUAUUUGCUGAGCACGGCUUCACUGUGCAGCGUGCUCGGAUAAUGCCUGACGCCUUGGGAACUGGGUAUAGCGCAGGCAUGGUGCAGUUCGGAGACCAGUCUGAGGCUGCGGCUGCCAUUGAGGCCUUCACUGGUCUUGUCGUAGAUGCACCUCCUUUGCUGGAUGCGGAUGGAGUUCCGAAGGGUAUCGGAAGUGCGGGUUGGAAGGGCUCCAAGGGAAAGACUUCGAAAGGUGUGCCCAGUAAGGGGAAAAGCUUCCCCAGUGCUGCAUCGACAGGUUCAUGGAGUGAUGGGAAGGGAAGCCCACUAGAGUGGUGGGGCAGCAGCAGCGGUGAUUGGCAGGACGCGGGCGAGCAAGGUAGCCUCGACAGCUCGUGGGGCGGGGGCGGCAAUGGCGACACCCGGGACUCGUGGAGCGGAGCCUCGACGGGCCAGGCCAAGGGCAAGAGCUCGUGGAACGGACUGCCCCAUGGGGGUCACGUCGGCGGGCCUGUUGGUGGGUGGAGCGGGGGCGGAACGAAAGGGGCCCCAAAGGGGAGCGCGGUCUCCGUCGACGGCUGGGGGGGCUCGGGCAAGAAGGGCAAGGGCGGCAAGGAGGGCAAGGGCUCCGGGAAGGGCGGGUGCUUCUCUGGUGCCCUGACCGUGAAGUUCAAUGGCCGUGAUAAUGUACCGUCGGACAAUCUGUAUGUGCAUGGGUUGCCAAACACGAUUCAGGAUUACACGCUCAGGGAAAUAUUCCAAGGACAAGGCUUUGAAGUAGUUCAGGCCAAAGUUCUUCACGACACUCGAGGAGCUGGAGUUUCUGCCGCUCUGGUGAGGCUGAAGUCAAUGGAAGAUGCUGCACUCGCGAUAGAGAUGAUGAACGGCAAGACCCUCCAACCGAAUGAAAACGCAAUGGGGGCAAUUGCGGCGCCGUCGAUCCAGAAGGCUCUGUUUGUGAAGUACGCCGGGAAAGAUAGCCUGCCGUCCCAGAAUUUGUACAUGAGCAAUGUGCCAGCAGUCAUUGACCAGAACACUCUGACUGCGAUGUUCACCAAUGCAGGUUGCACUGUUGUCAGGACGAAGAUAAUCUAUGAUCAAUGGGGAACAGGAUACAACGCAACCAUGAUUGAGUUGGGCUCGCAGCAAGAGGCGGCGGCAGCCAUCGAGGCCUUCAGUGGUCAAAUUCUCCAGAUCGAUGAGUCUACCGGGGACCUCACUCUGGCAACAUUCGCCACGUAGGUGUGGACUGGACAAUGGGCCGCAACAACUGGGUCUCGUGUGAGGAAGGCUACAGAGAUUUACGCUGUACGAGCCUUAUUGCUCGCAUGGCCCAGGUUCGACCGCAGUAAGCAAUCAGCAAUCAUCGGGGGAUAUGAACUGCCAUAGCCUUGGCACGCAUGAUUUUAUGAGUGCACGCUUUUGCAAUCCCUUCCACUGAGCAUGAGGAACAUUUCAUAGCUUGCCAGUCGUCCACGCAAUUCCUGUGCCCCUCUCCCCUUUCCUUACUAUUCUUCGUCGGAAGGCUCCAGGGUUCUGCUCAUCUACAGGAAGUUGGUUUGCGACCCCCCCCCCAUAAUUACCCGCAUUGGAGUAAUGCCGUGCAGCCAGCCUUUCCCAAAGUACAGGGGCGCGGAGAGAAAGUCCACCUCUCUCCGUUCCCCUUCCCGUCCCCCGCCUCUCUUGCCCCC